CACUGCGCGCGGCGUCGCAUCGAUUUUUCCACCAAACAAGCCAUUCCCAACCAUCACUUGUAUUGUAAACACGUUCCAUAAACAAGUGACGCUCACAGUCGCGAUAAUACGAAUAAUAAAUAAUAUUGUGAAAUGUGAGAAUUUGGAAGGAAAAUAAUGCGCCACUCCCCGUGGGCAGAAAACUACAAUGGCCGCCCAAAAUAAAGCUGAAGGCGGGUCGGAGGAGAUGCCGGCUGCUGCGGCCGCGGACCCCAGCGCUGAGCAGAAAGAGCGGCUCAUUGCAGCCGUCAAGAAGGAGGUCAAGCAGUUGAUGGAAGAGGCUGUAACACGUAAAUUCGUACACGAAGAGAGUGGCGGUGUGACUGCUCUGUGUGGCGCUGUGGAAGCGUGCCUCGGGCAGGGACUGCGGCGCCGGGCUCUCGGACUAUUCAAGACUAGUUCUACUACUGCUCUACUACACAAGAUUGCCAAGCACUGCCCCGAAGCAGCGCUGGUAUCAGCGAGGGUGCUCGCAGCUGAAGGUGCCCCAGCAACCCGCUCCGCAUCAGGAGUUGAAAGAAGACCAUCAGCCCCCAGGCCUCCGCUCUGCAAGAGAGGCUCGGGAUCCUUGCUGUCUGGAUCUCCGCCUACUUCUAGGCACUUGUGGAUCCGCAUAGCACUAUUCGAGCGUCAACUAGCUAAGAUCAUCGAGCACCUGGUCAACAACGCUAACCGGUACUACGAAAGGGACGCUCUAGUAGCAGACCCAGACUACGGGAGUAUUCUGAGUUCCUUGCUAGUUGGACCUUGUGCCCUGGAGUACUCCAAGGCUAAAGCACCAGCUUGCUUCUGGACAGAUCCGCCUGCAGACGAACUUGUGCAAAGACACAGAAUGUCAGCGGGUACCACAACGCCACCAUCUGUUCGUAGACCGAUCCUCAAUUUCAAGAGGAGCUUAAACGCCUCAUCUGAUGAUGGUAGCUCCAGCAACACGGGUACAGGCAAGGCAGCGGGAUCGAGUGCCAAAGAUUACGUUGAAAGUUUGCACCAGAACUCCACAGCAACGCUCUUGUACGGGAAAAACAAUGUCAGAGUUCAGCCGAAAGACGUUGAGGAGCCCAUGCCUGGGUAUUUGAGUCUCCAUCAAACUGCGGCAGGUCUAGUGAUAAAAUGGACCCCCAACCAGCUCAUGAACGGAUACGCAGAAAGUGAGGGAAUUGAUAAAAGUGCUCUCCGUUAUCACCUAGUGCAUGCAUCCGAGUGCCAACACACCUGUGUUCUGUGCAGCUUGGCUCCCACAUGCACAGUGUAUAGACGUCGCUGUGCAGGCCCUCUGUGCAUCGAUUGUGUUUACUGGGCGAUGUCCCUUCAGGUGUGUGUUUGGGAAGUGGUAUACGUUCACGUGCAUCGGUCCCAGGCCAGUGAUGCUCUUAUACUGGUCGGCCAAGAUGGAGUGCAGAGACCGCCCAUACAUUUUCCUAAAGGAGGACAUUUGCUCUCUUUUCUGAGCAACCUAGAAACCGGAUUGCUCCCACAUGGACAACUAGACCCACCCCUCUGGUCGCAGAGGGGUACAGGAAAGGUGUUCGGCCGCGGUAAAGCAAGACGACGGCCGCUGCCAAGUUUAUGUGAGAGCGGGGAAACUGAAGAACCGGAGUGGGAGGAGACAGCUGGAGACUAUGUCUUCAGGAUUGUUAAUAAUGCUAUUGCUGAUAGAGAAGCAAUGCGACAUUCGCUGUUAGAACGUGCAGUGCAGUCACCCCCUCGUACACCGCGUCGUCCUUUAGCUUCCACGUCCACUACAUCAUCUGAUUCCUCAACCAUGUCGGUUGACUGCCCACCAUCAGCCGGACUUAAUGGGCAUCCGCCAUUGACGCCCAUACCACAUCAACCGGUUGAACAGGCUGCUUCCAUCGAGUUAGUGUGCAGUACAAUGCGUCGUCAGAUUAUUUCUCGAGCAUUUUAUGGCUGGCUUGCUUACUGCCGCCAUUUGUCUACAGUUAGGACACAUCUCAGUGGUCUCGUGCAUCCGAUCAUCGUUCCUCGAGAAAACGCAGAAGGCGGUCUCACAGAUGAGCGAUGGCUAGCAAUGACUGAUGAGUCUGGAGCAAUACACGACAAGGAUGAAGUGUACCGGCUGGUGUACUACGGAGGAGUGCAGCAUGACAUCCGGCGACAUGUGUGGCCUUAUUUACUCGGAUAUUACGAAUUUGGUUCUACGGCAGAGGAACGAGCUGAACAAGAUGCGGCGUGUCGUCGCCAAUAUGAGACGACGAUGUCGGAGUGGUUGUGCGUGGAGGCUAUUGUGCGACAACGGGACCGUGAGGCCACGGCCGCGUCCAUCGCCAGACUGACUGAAGCAUCCGGCAAACUGAAGCCUACUGACAAUAAUGAUACCAGCGAGGUAUUCGAAGACGACUGCAGCGUAAUCUCAGACAACCCACCAAUCGUUUCACCAGAACCCAGUGAGAACGAACAAAGACGACCGGACAAGCCCGUAUUAUCUCGAGCACCCAGCAUAGACGAGGUAGACAACAUUGAAAUGGACUCGGAAAGAGAUAAAGAAACAAAACAGAACGGAGAGACUGAGAAUGGUGAUAAUAGGGAUGUAGAUGUAGACAGUCUAAAAGACUUAGAUGAGAAUGAAGAUGUCCAUUUGAAAAGCGUUGUCGACAACCCUGAUAUGAGGAGGGAAAGUAUAGCUGAAAUCAAGAGGCUAGCUGAAGAGAUCGUUCAGAAGGGCGACGGUCGAGGGCUUCUUUGUAGCGUUGACAGUGCUCAUGUAAAUGGUACUGGAAGUGAUUUCAGGUCGUCUAUAGAUGAAAGUGGGCCAAGUCCUCAUCAGCAACAUACAAGUGUUAUCAUUACUAAUCCUUCAGUUGAUCUCGCGGCUGGAGGGUCUCCUGUUUCUGGUGGAACUACUGCACAAGUAAGUCCAGCUCGUAGUCCCCUCGGAGUAGUUCGCGAGGAGUCGCAGUCAGCUGGAGCUAGCUUCGAUACUCUGGAACCGGCGGAUAGGAACGCACAGGAUAAUCGAUCAAAUUGUGUCUCACCGGCGAGCUCUAAUGGGGGAGUUUAUUCUAACGAAUUGGUUGAAUCCUUCGCUCUCAACCUGCAUCGCAUAGAGAAAGACGUUCAGAGAUGUGACAGGAAUUACCCAUUCUUCACUGAUGAGAAUCUAGAUAAACUACGGAAUAUUAUGUGCACCUACGUAUGGGAGCACCUGGAGACAGGCUACAUGCAGGGUAUGUGCGACCUGGCGGCGCCACUACUCGUCAUGAUGCGCGAGGAGGCGCACGCGCACGCUCUCUUCAACAGUCUCAUGCGACGCGCUACUGACAACUUCCCGUCUGGACAGGCCAUGGAUGCGCACUUUGCUGAUAUGAGGUCUCUCAUCCAGAUUCUGGAUUGCGAGCUGUACGAGUUGAUGCACGCGCACGGCGACUACACGCACUUCUACUUCUGUUACCGCUGGUUCUUGCUCGACUUCAAGAGGGAACUGCUUUACCAGGACGUGUUUGCAGCAUGGGAAUUAAUUUGGGCGGCUCGUCACGUGGCAUCAGAGCAUAUGGUGCUGUUCAUAGCGCUCGCGCUCUUAGAGACCUACCGUGACGUCAUCCUCGCCAACACUAUGGACUUCACUGAUAUCAUCAAGUUUUUCAAUGAAAUGGCUGAACGACACGACGCGUCAGCAGUGUUAUCCCUAGCAAGGGACCUUGUUCUACAAGUUCAGACUCUAAUAGAGAACAAAUAAGUAUCACUUUAGAAAGGUUUCACUUAUGUAGACCUUGCAAGACUGGAAAUUCAAGUUUAUGACAAACUAGGGCCAGUGUAUCACUGUUUGGCAAACAGCUGGAAACUUUAUGCACUAUCAUUCUCCACAUUAGUUAGCAAACAGACGUAUAUUUUUGAAUCAAAAUAAUUGCAUUUAGUAGAUCAUCUCCGAGAUAUGAGAAAACGCAUCAUUUUUCUUUGCAGUCUUGCAAAGUCUAAUACAUGGACGGUCGGUAUUCGACAUUGGCAUCUAUCAAGUACGUAGGAAUAAGUAGUGUAAUAGAGAAAAAAAUAUAAAAAACAAUAUUUUUAAAUUUAUAAAGUAGACAAAAUAUUGGCUAUACAUUAGAAUAAAUUACCCAUUUCGUCUAAAUUACCUAGAACCCAAUGAAUUUAAAUCGAAGAAAUAAUAAAAAAAGAUAAAUAAAUUAUUUAUGAGAUUCGAAAUUUAAAUCAAUUAUAUUGGAUCUGUCUUGUUGUGUCAUCUCAAAAUAAUUCAAUACGAAAAUAUUUUUUUUAAUGAAUUUUAAAUGAUUUUAUCGAUGUUAUAACAAUGGUUUUAAAUAAAAAUAAUGCUUAUUAAAAUAGUACCUGCAUAAAGAGAUGCCAAAAUAAAAUUAAGGCAUUUAAAAUGUGCUUUAAAGUUAAAACUACUGACAUAACAAAAUACAAAUAAACACACGAAUCAUUAAAAUUAAUUUGUUGUCAUAUUUAUCUAUCGGUACAGAUCGAUUCAGACGGCACGGAUGGAUGAGUAUUCAACGAAAAAUAUUAACGAAAUAUUUUUGCUGUAAGCAAAACAUUGAAAGAUGUUACAGUUUUCCAUAAAUACAUCUAUGGUAUAUGAUUUAAGUCUUCUUUUUUGGGGCUAACGUAUUUUUGCCUACUACAUAGCGCAAAUGUAGGAAUGGAUUUUUUACAUUAGCUAUAUCUCUAUUGGAUGAAGAGCGAGCGGUCCACACUAACAAAGCAAAAUACGGUAGGCCCUCACUACUUAUGUAUGCAAUCACAAAAAUAUAAAUUUUGACAAUGACAUAUGUUCUGUUCGCACUUAUCGUGUUUAAGCGAGAAGGAAAAUAAAUGCGUCGAAUAAUCUAUUCCUUAUGCAACAGUGACGUGAAAGUAUUAAAGUAUAACCUAUUUACAAAUAUUUUUUAAAUUUUAAUAUUUACAUUAUGAAGCGUGAAAUUCUAUUUCAAAUUACCUCUAAUAUACAUACAUAUUACACUAUACAUAUUUAUACUCAAGAAUAUUGUAUUCGUGAUACAGUCAGCGACAAAAUUUCAAAAGUAUGGAUGAUAUCCAAAAACUCUAUAAGACCUUCCAGAGCAGUUAUGCAAUUUAUUGCUGAUUGUACGGUCGCCAGCAGGCUAACCUAUCCUUACAUCUUCAACUUUAUUGUAUUGACAUAAAGUGGAAAUUCCGACAAAAUGGUUUGACAGAUUGGAGUAGAUUGAUCCGCUGGCCAUUGUAUCUACUAAUCUUGUAUACCUAUUUAUUAUUGUUAAUAACAAAAUAUCCCUUUUCUAUACAACACUUCCCCUUGUGCCUUUUUCAUAUCAAACAGAAACAAAUCAGUUAUUUUAAAAUGAACAUAAAAUUAUCUAUUUAACAAUUACUUAUGGUGAGCCUAAUAGGGUAGAUAACUAAUUAAUUACAUAACAUAACAUCACGCCU